AACACAAUAAGACAGAGCCAGAGAGCGAGGGAGAGGAAGGGGUUUGCUCAUCAGCGCUUUUUCCGUUUUCUGGCCGCUCGUUUGUCCCUCCUCCUCCUCCUCUGCCGUGUCACUGGACUAAAAAAAAAAAAAAAAAAAAAAAAAAAGAGGAAGGAAUAUGGUUUGGUGCGACGCUCCACCCGUUCAGUAGCGGAUCUCUAGUCGAGACUAUCUGGGGAGGCUCGGUCCGGAUAAAAGCCGCCUCCAACACCUGAGACUAUCGCCCACAGUCCUGCAGGAGAACAACCAGCACACCGGGCCACAUAAAUGGUGGAGGCUGUGGUGGAGUUCGACUAUGAGGCUCAGCAGGACGAUGAGUUGACCCUGACGGUGGGCGACAUCAUCAGGAACAUACGGCGGGACGAUGGAGGCUGGUGGGAGGGCGAGCUGGGCGGACGCAGGGGGUUCUUCCCCGAUAACUUUGUCAGGGAGAUAAAGAAGGAUGGGAAGAGAGAUGGAGGCCAGGCGGGCUUGAUUCGAUCUGAACUUUCCAACGGCAGGGCCAGCCCCGUGUCGGACAGCAGCGUGCGGCCCGGAAAGAAAGGAGAGCAGAUCCGUAAACGGAGAUGUAAAGCUUCCUUCAGCUAUGCGCCUCAGCAUGAAGACGAGCUGGAGCUGAAAGUAGGAGAUGUCAUCGAGAUCAUCACAGAGGUGGAGGAGGGAUGGUGGGAAGGGGUUCUUAAUGGGAAGAUUGGAAUGUUUCCCUCCAAUUUCACCAAAGAGAUCCUGGCUGAUUUGGACGCCGCCUCCCUGGAAGCUCCCAGCUCACUGGAGGAGGGCCGCUGCAGCCGCACUAGUAAAGACAGCCCCGGCAGUGAGAGUGAUGGAGGAGACAGUCGGUCAGAAUCUGGGUCAGAAGUCCAACCUAAGAAGAUCCAGGGGGUUGGCUUCGGUAACAUCUUCAAAGACCAGCCCAUUAAGCUCAGACCACGCUCCAUUGAUCUAGACUCAGAGAAGGUCAACGAGGGCAAAAGUGGGAGCGUAGCAGCCGAAAGCAUGAAGACUGAACCUGACGCCAAAGCUAAAGUGCGGGAGCAGUGUAAGGUCCUUUUCCCGUAUGAAGCACAAAAUGAAGACGAGCUGACGCUGAAGGAGGGGGAUAUCAUCAACAUUCUCACAAAGGACUGUGCCGACGCAGGCUGGUGGAUGGGGGAGAUCGGCGGAAGGCAAGGCGUGUUCCCAGAUAACUUCGUUAAACUGGUUGAAGUUGAGAAAGAGAGACCAAAGAAACCCCCACCGCCCAGCAUCCCAUCGGCUAAACAUACCACAGAGAAAAAAUCGGAAGGGAAGAAGGCUCCUCCUGAGCGGCCUGAGCAUCUGCCACAGAGAGACCAGGAUCGAGGUGAAGAGAUGAAGGUCGGAGAAAUCCCUAAGCCCUCCCUCCCAUCGCACCUUCCCAAGAAACCCAUCCCCCCAAAGUCAAGCUCCUCCUCUUCCUCCCAUCCUCCAAGGCGUCCAGAGAGGCCUCCCCCGUUAGCGUGUGAAAGCCCCAAGUCUGAGGGUGGGGCUUCGACCCCAGAUUCUGCCCCUGACAGGUCACAUGGCACCGAUCUCGACCUGGACGCGGUCGUCCCUUCGUCAGAGAAGCUGAGCCACCCGACGGCGUCGCGGCCGAGAGUCACGGACCGCCGGCCUCGCUCUCAGAUCUUCACACCUUCUUCUCUGUCCGGUUUGGAGCUGGACUCUCCGGUGGUGGAGGACAGGAAGGACAGACGGAAGGACGACCAGGAGCCCGUCUCCGUCAAGAGAGGAGUCCCUAUCCUCCCUAUAUCUGACGGUAAAGUCCCGCUGCCCAAACCCUCUAUCCUGCCCCCACCCAACUCCGGCCAUCGCUCCAUCUCCCCGUCCUCCUCCUCGGGGCUGACCCCGUCCCCGGAGGUCAGGCACUCGCCGCUGACGCCGCCACCAACGCUGGAGGAACUCAGGAACCAACUGAGAGACUUGAGAGCCUCCAUAGACGUGUUGAAGAUCCAGCAUAGGCAGGAGAUGAAGCAACUGGCCAAUGCGCUGGAUGAGGAGAAGAAGAUACGUAUUAGUUUACAGGUGGAAGUAGAGCACAUAAAGAAAGGCCUGUCCAAAUGAGGACUGAAGAAUCCUGCUGCCAUCACAUCUGAGGCCACAUAAAAAAAAAAAAAAAAAAAUCAAAGCAGAAAAGAACAACUUUCUCACUGUUGGUUUUGACACUUCAGCCAAAACUAAGUUUGUGCCAAACGAUUAUCAUCAUCAUGACCAACAGUUUCAGCACCACGGAAUCAGCCACAUUUCCUCCCCUCUAAGCCGCCUUAUCCUGCGUUUACUUCUUACAUUUAUUUUUUAUCUUCUGUUAAAGAGGCUUCUCUGUUUGGUUUACUGCUAUCUUUGCUGUGCCAUCGGUACUGACUGGCCGCGGAACAAGAACGCCCAUGGAGUCGUGGCUGCUCGGUACUUUUUUAAGUUUCCUAGAGUGAAGGAAACUUCAGCCUCUGUAGCCCGGUCUGACCAGAAGACCUCUGUGCAGUUCUGCAUCCACUUUGCGGCCUUCACCUCCUAUCUGUGUGUCUGAGUGUGUGUGAGUUUGUUUUUCAUGUGAUGUGAGGACCUGAAGUAUUGAGGUUCAAAGUGGGGACAUUUUUUUAAAGGCUCCAUUACCAAUAAAAUGAAGAUAAAAAGGUUACUGUGUAAUUCACAUGAAAGGGGGACCAAUGUGAGCACAAUGUCCUUUUUAAGCAUAGAUCCAGAUGAAAAAACACAGAAUUAAUUUUUCAUAUUUUUAUCAGAUAAUAAUUUAAUUUAUCAGAUAUAAUAAUGAACAAACCUCCUAGGUCAUGAUUUACAAUUCACAUAAAACAAAAAGCAAUUUCCUCUUUAACAGUUGGAGAGUGAAGAAUGUUUCUAAUUUGCACUGUAGACAGGAGAUCAUGAUGCAUCAAGCAGUAUAAUGCUUUAUUUUUCUGUAUGCCUUACUGUGAUAUUUUGUUUUCAUAUUACUUAAUGUUUGACCUGCAAUUACAUCUCACUUUUGAGGGUCCGUUUGAGUUCUGGCACUAAUAUUCUGGACAUCCAUGGUGCUAAAAACAAGUUGUCUGAGAAAUUUUAAUCUGCAUCAGCUCAGCAGUCAGAACGCAAAACUGCCUGAAAUUUGGAGGUUAUGAAAGUCAGCUGACAAAUGUUACCCAGAUCAAGAAACCUCAUCUUGAAACAAAAAAAAGUGGAUAUGCAUACUCCUUUCAUCUACUCCACACAGGGUAAACCAUAAACCAACAUUUGUUUACAUGUCCCUUAGAAACUUUAACUUUCACCGUUCAGUUUUUGUAGCCAUCAAUAAGCAUCUGGCACAAUUACAACUGGAUAUUUGAUAAUUUUGUGUUGGCAAAAUUGUUUUUUUUAAGUUGUUAUUUUUUUUUUGUUAGUUUAAGUUGUUAGACUAUUACUUAAGGACCAGGCCUUAAGUAAUAGUCCAUCAUUUUUUUUAUAAAAUUGAUGCCACGGUUGAGAAACUUAAAGUUAGUCUCCAAUAUCCAUUGUGGUGUGGUUUUGGUUAUUGUCCUGUUGGAACAAUCGAUUGAGUUGGGAUUUAAAUAAUUCACAGAUUUUCCUUUUUUGUUAGACUAUCCAGCUUGUGCAUUGCACCAGUACAGCUGGUAGUUAACCAUUAUGGUGCUGCCACUACCAUGUUUAACUACAUACUAUUUGUCAUUGUGGACAAAUUACAUGAUGUCUGACCAUAACAGAUUUUCGGGUUUUUGAUACGGGCAACAUGGUUCUUGGCUGUGGGGAUAGAAAAGCAUGGAAGGCACCAUGAAGCACAAAUAAAACUAGAUUUUUCCAAAUGGAAAGGGACAUCGUUCCAACAGUUUCCAGGCCAUGGCGGGCUAGAUACGAAGUGGCUCCUUGGUUGUUCCUGAACAUCCUUGUUCAGAUGCUAGAAACUUGGACAACUUAGGAUAUUGUAAGAGAAGAGUGUUUUCAAACGUACUUUAAAACUGAUUUCAGAAAUAGGCAAAGCAAAGGGAUUUGAAGCUUCUGGAAUAGCCUUUCCAAAAGUCCAACCUCAAUCCCAUUGUAAAUACAUGGACUAAGUGUAAAAGGUAGACGUCUGUCAGAAGACUAAACAUUAAACUGAAUUCUGGCAAUUCAGUUUUGUCUCUUUCCACCAAAACAGAAUGAGGACUGAAUGUGUAAAGUUUCUAGAACAGUCAAAACUUUAGUAAUUAAGAGUGUAAGCGGGAACAGAUCCAAACGCUACUCUUGUCUGUUGUUGUGAAAAAAAAUAAUAACUAAUACAAGACCACAUCCACUAUAGGUGAUCACAUUAUUUGGAAAAUAAUUAUUACUUGGAAAUGUUGAUAUCUGGGCUUUUGCUGGCUUUAAAAGCUGCACAAAUGUGGUUAAUAGGUUAAGCUUGGCAAAAAAAAAAAAAAAUCUAGUCUUUAUUCCUGUACAGAAAUGACCACUUUUUUUGUUUGAGUAAAAAUCUUGAGAAACCCUAAAAAGCACAAUUUCACAAAUUUAAGUAAUUCCUUUUAGCAAACAAGAACACAUCUAACAUGUUGCUGCAAACUGAAAGUGCAUGAACAAACAAAAAUGUUUAUUUCCCGUUCUGGUUAAGAUUAAUGACAGGGUUAAGUGAAUGUAGAUGGUUACAGGUCCUCACGGGUAACUGAAGGUCAAACGUGUGCAUAAUGUGUGGUUUUGUAUUACAGCAUGUGCAGCUGUUUUUGCCUCCCUUCCUUACGUGUGCACAGAAUCUAUGACAACCCGUCACUGUGGCCUUCCUGUUUCAGAUUCUAAGUCUUUUUAUUUCUUCUCUUUUCUGUCUUUUUCGUAUGACAAAGAGAAAACUGCUACAUCCGAGGCUACCAGUUGUUUUCUUGACUUGGUCCUUUCUCUCAAAGAUGGUGAUAAAUGAAUAAAUAUAUAUAUUUACUUUUAUAUUUCAGUGUAAUAAAGAGGCUAUUAUGUA